CAAAGCAUAUUUGGUUGAUAGGCAGACAAAAUGCAAACAACAAAUUCCAAAAUUUUCCAACGAAACAAACAGAAAAUUCAAUAAUACAAACCCAUCUGUCAAUCCCCAACUAACUAUCUCCCCAUUCUUCAUAAUCCAAUCCAAAAAAACUCCCCUGAUUUGGCAAUUUUCCUCUUUAUCUCAUCAUUCUUACAAGCAACCACCUCAAAAUCAGACGCAAAUCCAACAGAAAACAAACCGUUACUAAAAGUUUCAAUCUUUAUAAAAGUUAAAAAAAUGCCAUCUUUAAAUCCAAUUCUUCCAGUUACCAUCAAACAACCAUAUUCAAAACCCAAUUCUUAUCUUGAUCCACCUGAUCCAAUGUUACUACAACAAGAAAUCUUUAAUUUUGAUGACCCAACUGGGAAUUUUUUAGUUUCUUCUCAAUUUGAUGAAGAAAAAGAAACGAAUUUUUCUAUAAGUAAGCCACUUUUGUCAAGAACUUCUAGUUUUGCAGGUAUUUCUAGUGUUUCUAGUGCUACUACUGUUGUCAAUUCUGAACAGAGACGACGGCGAAUUGCUAGUGAAAGCUCCAUUCCUUCGCUUUUGGAUGAUGUUUCAGGGAGUGAUGGUGGUGGUGAUGCCACUCCACGUGGCCAAUCUAUUGGUCAGGAAGUGGGGCAUGCUGCUGCUGAGACUUUUCUUGUUACUAGAUUGAGUUUGAAGCUUUUAUCUUAUCUUGGGGUAGGCUACAAAUGGAUGGUGAGAUUUAUGGCCCUUGGUUGCUACUCUUUCAUGCUUCUUCCAGGUUUUAUUCAAGUUGGUUAUUACUAUUUCUUUUCUAAACAGGUUUUGAGAAGUAUAGUUUAUGGCGAUCAACCGAGAAAUAGGCUUGAUCUAUAUUUACCGAAAGAUAUUGAUAGGCCGAAGCCAGUUGUUGCAUUUGUAACUGGUGGAGCAUGGAUUAUUGGAUAUAAAGCAUGGGGUUCUCUUUUAGGAAAACAGUUGUCAGAAAGAGAUAUUAUUGUAGCCUGCAUAGAUUACAGAAAUUUCCCUCAGGGAACCAUGAGCGACAUGGUGAGUGAUGCUUCUCAAGGCAUCUCUUUUGUAUGUAACAACAUUGCUCAAUAUGGAGGUGAUCCUAACAGGAUUUACUUGAUGGGACAGUCUGCUGGCGCACAUAUUGCAGCUUGUGCUCUCGUGGACCAGGCAAUCAAGGAGGCCACAACACGAGAAACCAUCACUUGGAAUGUUUCUCAGAUUAAGGCGUAUUUUGGGCUAUCCGGAGGGUACAAUUUGUAUAAUCUUAUAGAUUACUUCCAUGGUCGUGGUUUAUACAAGUCCGUCUUCCUAAGCAUAAUGGAAGGAGAAGAAUCAUUACAAAGAUUUUCUCCUGAAGUAAUUGUACAGGAUCCCAACUUGAAAGAUGCAGUUUCUCUCCUGCCUCCUAUUAUUCUUUUUCAUGGUAGUGCAGAUUAUUCUAUUCCAGCAGAUGCCAGUAAAAAUUUUGCUGGAACUCUUCAAAGAGUUGGAGUUAGAGCUGAAUCCAUCUUAUAUGAAGGGAAAACUCAUACAGAUGUGUUUCUUCAGGAUCCGAUGAGAGGCGGCAAAGAUCAAAUGUUUGAAGAUUUAGUUGCAAUAAUUCAUGCUAAUGAUCCAGAAGCUCAGGCCAAAGAUGCAGUGGCUCCUCCAAAAAGACGCCUUGUUCCUGAAUUUAUGAUUCAGAUUGCUCGUAAAGUUAGCCCUUUCUAACACUUUGUAAACCAUUUACCACAAAACCACACUAGUUCAAUUUCUUGUGUAUUCUUUCUACUGAUGUACAUAUCAUUAAUGGAAUUAUAUAUGUUGAUCAUUUUAGGUUCAA